AUGCAAAGUUUUGCCAUUUUUCAUAGUUUUCUGAUACUCCGGCCAACGCCCAGCGCCUGCAAGGCAUCGCCUAGCCUGGCACUGCUCCUGGCAUCGCCCAGCAGCCUGCUGACAUCACCCAGCAGCCUCUUGCACGCUGCCCUAGCUCGCUCCUAUCCCACCUCACUUCAGCAGCUGCCCAGCACCUCAGGCGUCACCCAACUACCUAGGGGCGUUGCCCAGCCCGCCAAGGGCGUCGUCCAAUCCACUGUCGCCUAUGUCCUUGCACCUACAAGGCGUCGCCAACAGACCCUUCUAUGCCAUGAGAGUCACCUGCCAACCUUUUUCGUCGUCGCCUGUGAUUGGUGUCGCCUAACCCAGCGCCUAGUCGGCGGCAUGCUAGGCGUCGCCUUCGUUGCCUCCUCUGGAGCUGCCAUAAGGAUCCUUGAGCUUCGCCCUUGGCUUCGCCAUGGCAUCGCCUGGAUUUGUCGAGGUGUUGCCCAGGGCUUCACCGAAUUAGCCUAA